AUGCUGUCGCUCCCGACGCCCAGCGUCUACCAGGCGCCGAAAUGCUUCGUCACGUACGGCACCAUGGCUCACGUUGAGCCCAAACAGCUGCCCACCAAAGGCAAGCCAUGGGCGCCCAUCCUGGGCCAGGGAUUCAACCACAAGGUCGAGCUCAUCCUGCCUCAGGAGUGCUAUGAGGUCGUCCACCAGAAGCUGGUCAAGGAACUUGCGGCGCCGACGUUCCACCGCGUCAUCAUGACUCUCGGCCAGGUGCUGGACGGGGCCUUCUUUACCGAGUACAUCAAGCGAGGCAACGUGCUCAUGCUCUCCGAGGGCAGGACGACCGUCGAAAACGUCUACUCCCUCCGCGAGGGCCUGCUCACAAUGUACCUCGACAAAGAGACGUACGAGCGCGCCGGCCUGGUGGGAAAGCCUCACGGAGUCAAGGGAAAGCGAGGCCUGAAGCCGAGAUGGGUUGUAAGCUACCAACUGCGAGACCCGUCAAUGCUUCACGGCAAAAAGGGCUUCGACAGGCUCGCUUACGCGUGCAAAAACGUCCUCAACACGCCCGUGACGUGGCUGUUCUGCAACGCGGCGACUACUGCCCCCUCGCCGGACCCCCUGGACCAGCACUUCCCAACUAGAUACACCUGCGAGCCCGCCCUCGUGUCCGACAUGCACGUCCAAGCGGCACCGCUGGCAAUUCCCAGCGAGGUCAUCCAGAACGGCGACAGACCCGGCCUCGAGGACUUUGCCACGGAGACGUACGAGUGGCUGUCCCUGAUCCGUCUACGGAGCCCCCGCGUCGAGGCCGGAGACAGCAUCGACCCGUACCUCUCGCGCUACCGAGUCCCCGGCGACACCGACGCCGACGCUCCGUCGCACGCGAAAGUCUGCAAGAUUGCAUGGCAGGGCUUCUUCACCUCGGACUGGGUGCGCAGCGUCCUCAUCCACGCCCUCACCGCCCUGCCGUCGCGGACCUGGGUCUCCCUCAGUGCCACCUCCUUCUCCAAGGGGAUGACAGGCGACAGCUCCGAGGUCGCGUUCCUCCGCCCGCCCUCGUCGCCCGGCCACUACCUGUUUUGGGAAAUCAAGGCCCUGGUCGAGGAUGGCGUCCUCGAUGAGGCGGCGCAGCUCGGCCUGGCCCUCGGUGGUGUGGAAGUCCUCUCUCUCGGCCAGCUGCUCUAUCCGGCGCUUGAACUCGGGAUCGACCUCUGCGGGAACCUCCUCGGCCUGAUCCAUGGUGCCGAGCGUCACGGCGAGACCCUCGGGGACGGGCGGCAUCUCGACAGGCGGCGCGGCGGUGUCGGCGGUCGCGGUGGAUUGGCUGGUGCCCUCGGUGGUGGCGGCGGUUCGUUGGGACUCGACGCCCUUGAGGUACUCUGCAACUUCGGGGUAGUCGGCCUCGCCCUCGAUCUUCUGGCUGGCGGUGAUGCCGUCGGCGCCCUUGGCGUUGAUGUCGGCGCCGAGCUCCUCAACAAGGCACUUUGCCGCAUCGACCGUCUCGACGACGAACAGGGCCGUCUCCUCGUCCUCGUCCUUCAGGUCAACAUUGACGCCGAAUUCCUGGACCAAGGCGCGCAGCAGUUCGAGGUGGUUGUAGCUUGCGGCGGCGUGGACGAGCGAGUAGCCGUGCUCAUCCUGGCCCGAGGCGAUGGCGGGGUUCUCACGGAGCAGGGUGAGCAGGGCCGCAGGGUUGUCGGCGGCGAGGAGGUACGGGUUAGGGCCCAUUGUUAG